GACAAAACAGGGCCUCUCUCGCUUCCUCGAACACCGGGGGGGACGCAGGACAAUCACCUACGGGCGACUUUACCGUCAGAUCCCAUCAUCGCUGCCGUCAGUUCUCUGUCCAAGUACUCCGACAAGCAUUACAUGGUCGGAGAGCCCCUCUAUCAGAAUUUUUCUUUCGCACGAUUUUAGCGUCACGUAGGGCUUGGUAUUGUCGCAAACCCUGAUUGGCAUCCUUGUCUGUGGUCUGCCGCUUGAAGCAUACAUAAUAGUUUGUAGAAAUGGCUGAUCAAGGAUUGGAAGGUAGCCAACCGGUAGAUCUCAAGAAGCACCCUUCUGGGAUUGUGCCUACCCUUCAGAAUAUUGUUUCAACAGUCAAUUUGGAGUGUAAGUUGGACCUGAAAAAAAUCGCACUUCAGGCUAGAAAUGCGGAAUACAAUCCCAAACGUUUUGCUGCUGUGAUUAUGCGGAUAAGGGAACCUAAAACUACUGCGCUCAUCUUUGCGUCUGGCAAGAUGGUUUGUACUGGAGCUAAGAGUGAGCAACAGUCUAAAUUGGCAGCACGGAAGUAUGCUCGAAUUAUCCAAAAACUUGGUUUCCCAGCUAAAUUCAAGGAUUUUAAGAUUCAGAAUAUCGUUGGCUCUUGUGAUGUCAAGUUCCCGAUACGGCUUGAGGGCCUUGCAUAUUCUCAUGGUGCUUUCUCUAGUUAUGAACCAGAGCUGUUUCCAGGACUAAUUUAUCGGAUGAAGCAACCAAAGAUAGUCCUGCUUAUAUUCGUCUCUGGAAAAAUUGUUCUAACAGGGGCAAAGGUGAGGGAUGAAACUUACACAGCCUUUGAGAACAUAUAUCCUGUGCUCACUGAGUACAGGAAAAACCAGCAAUGAUUACUGUCAAGAGCAGCAAUGAGAUGAAUUGUGGAUGUGCAAAAGUCAUGAAUUUAUUGGAAUGGAUGGUGGAACUUGGUUGAGCUGUAAAUACUAAGAAAGGAGAUCCCUGAACGAGGUAACUCGGGAAUAAUCAUGUAUCUUGUUCCGUCAGUUUGUCGAUGGGUUUUGAUGUAGUGAAGUGAGAAGCACAUUAGAGAAGAAAAUGAUUUGGAUGAGGCAGGAAAAAUUGUAACAAAACAUACUUGAAAUGGCACAGCUUUUUUCUUUUUCCUUGUAAGAGUUGUCGGGUCUUGUGCUGUUCUAUAAUAUGUUGUUUUGGUGGGGGCAUUUAAAUACAUACUCUCAGAUGUUUAGUGAGAUUUAAAUUUAAAUGUGAUGUUUAUAAACCUUGGUCACUUGAAUUGACAUGGUUACUUAAUUUAAUCAACAAAUAUUACCCCGAUCAA